CGUCACGGGGCGCUCCGGUCAGACGGGUGUGUCCAUGUCAAGUAAGGCAGCGCACUCGAAGAACGUGAAAUCCGCGCACGAGCAAAGCGAAUCACGCAUGUGAGUCGCUCUUUCGGGAGCACCGAGGCACGAAGCGCAUGUCAUUCCCAGCGCAUGUCAUUCCCAGCGCGCACGAGCCGCCACGCACACAUCAGAGCGCGCGGCGAGGGGUGGUUGCGCAUUUGAGGCUCUCUUUUGGGAGCCGUUGCACGGCAGUCACAGCGGAGGGCAGCCGCGCCCCUCGUCCGAUGACACAUCACAGCGCCUCCCGCUGCUCCUAGUCCAUCCACGCCGCGCCGCGCAUCGCAGGCCGCGAUGGACGCUGCGGCGGAACGCGGGGAGCUCAGCGACGCGGUGCCACCGCUGCAGCACCUGUGCCUGCGAGCCGCCCUCAGCAGCGCAACGUGGCAGCGCCAGCCGCGGUCGCUCGAGCGGCUGCCGUCUCCGCUGGCGUCCGCGCUGUUGGCGGGGCUGCUCGCUGCGGGCCACAUGACGCCGCCGCUGCUAGAGCUCUUCGCCCCUUCAGCGGACCACGUCCACCUCUCCUGCCCGCCCCUCGCCGCCUCUCCCUCUUCGCACGCCCUAUCGCCACACUCUCCCCUGCACGACUCGCCUCUCGCACCCACUCUCACCCCCCUCCCCAACCCUGCUUCUCCCUACCUUCCCUCGCCAAGCCCUCUUCUCUCCUCCUCCCAUCCUUUCUCCCCGCCUCCCUCUGCUGCUGUCACCCUCUCGCCUCCUCUCUACGCCCUGCCCCCCGGCCAAUCCAUAGACACCACGUGGCUUGCCUACCUGGCAGAUUUCUGCUGCCUUCGCUCCCUCCGCCUCGACAACUGUCGCCUCGUCAACGACUCGGCUCUCAGCAUGCUUUCGGCCCUGCACGGCUUGGAGCAUCUGAGUCUCACCGACUGCCCUCUCCUCACUGCCGCUAGUCUGGCAUCCAUUCUGCCGCCCUGCCUGUCCUCCCUCCGCGCCUGCUGCCUGUCAGGCACGGCUGUGGGCGUGGGGGAGGGCGGGGGGGAAGGGGGGGUUGCAGGAGGGGGCAGUGAGCAGUGGGGUGUUGCAGUGAAGGGCAGGCGCAGAAGCAAGGGCAGCAGGGCCGGUAGCAGUGCUGCCAGUGGUGGCGGCAUGGCAGCAGCAGAUGCUCCCUCCAAUGCGGCACCCACCGCUGCUGCAGACGGCGUGCCCGCCGUGCCCUCAUCCCUGUCCGUCAUCUCGCUGCUUGCCCGCGCCCCGCACCUCACGCACCUGGAGCUGGGCGGCAUGCACCAUGCGCUGGAUGACAGUGCCUUUAGAAAGCUCACGUCCCUCAUCCACCUGCGCCACCUGGACAUGUGGGGUAGCAGCAUCACCGACGCCUCCACCCCGCUCCUCCUCGCCUUCCCUCGCCUGCUCUCCGCCAACCUCUCCUGGACCGCCCUCUCCCAUGUGCCCGCCCACCCCUCCCUCGCCUCCCUCCACCUUUCUCACUGCUCCCUCCUCUCCGUCGGUUAUCCCAUUCCUUCCUCCUCUUCCUCUCCCUCCUCCUCAUCUCCCUCCUCCUCUCAAUCUGCCUCUCCAUCCUCCUCCCCACUCACUCAUCUCGUUCUCUCGGGGUCGUCCAUCGCUCCGCCCUCCUCUCUCUUCCCGCCUCACCUCCUCGCCUCGAUCACUCACCUCGACAUCUCCCACUCACGUGGCGCCACACCCCCUCCUCCUCCUUCCCACACCCCAUCGCACCCCUCUCUCCCCCCGCCCCCUCACGGCCCCCCUUGCGGGCUGCUGUGGCUGCUGCCUGCCGUGUCCCUCACGCACCUGGACCUCGCCUCUGCCGCCAUCUCAGACGCGCUGCUGCUGCACCUCGCACACUCCGUCCCUCACACCGUCGGUGCCUCCCUCUGCUCCAUGCCUCCCUCUGCUCCAUGUCUCCCUCUGCUCCAUGCCUCCCUCUGCUCCAUGUCUCCCUCUGCUCCAUGCCUCCCUCUGCUCCAUGCCUCCCUCUGCUCCAUGCCUCCCUCUGCUCCAUGCCUCCCUCUGCUCCAUGCCUCCCACUGCUCCAUGUCUCCCUCUGCCCCAUGCCUCCCUCUGCUCCAUUCCUCCCUCUGCUCCAUGCCUCCCUCUGCUCCAUGCCUCCCUCUGCUCCUUUCCUCCCUCUGCUCCAUGCCUCCCUCUGCUCCAUGCCUCCCUCUGCUCCAUGCCUCCCUCUGCUCCAAGUCUCCCUCUGCUCCAAGUCUCCCUCUGCUCCAUGUCUCCCUCUGCUCCAUGCCUCCCUCUGCUCCAUGCCUCCCUCUGCUCCAUGCCUCCCUCUGCUCCAUGUCUCCCUCUGCUCCAUGCCUCCCUCUGCUCCAUGCCUCCCUCUGCUCCAUGCCUCCCACUGCUCCAUGUCUCCCUCUGCCCCAUGCCUCCCUCUGCUCCAUUCCUCCCUCUGCUCCAUGCCUCCCUCUGCUCCAUGCCUCCCUCUGCUCCUUUCCUCCCUCUGCUCCAUGCCUCCCUCUGCUCCAUGCCUCCCUCUGCUCCAAGUCUCCCUCUGCUCCAUGUCUCCCUCUGCUCCAUGCCUCCCUCUGCUCCAUGCCUCCCUCUGCUCCAUGCCUCCCUCUGCUCCAUGCCUCCCUCUGCUCCAUGCAUCCCUCUGCUCCAUGUCUCCCUCUGCUCCAUGUCUCCCUCUGCUCCAUGUCUCCCUCUGCUCCAUGCCUCCCUCUGCUCCAUGCCUCCCUCUGCUCCAUGCCUCCCUCUGCUCCAUGCCUCCCUCUGCUCCAUGCAUCCCUCUGCUCCAUGUCUCCCUCUGCUCCAUGCCUCCCUCUGCUCCAUGCCUCCCUCUGCUCCAUGCCUCCCUCUGCUCCAUGCCUCCCUCUGCUCCAUGCCUCCCACUGCUCCAUGUCUCCCUCUGCCCCAUGCCUCCCUCUGCUCCAUUCCUCCCUCUGCUCCAUGCCUCCCUCUGCUCCAUGCCUCCCUCUGCUCCUUUCCUCCCUCUGCUCCAUGCCUCCCUCUGCUCCAUGCCUCCCUCUGCUCCAUGCCUCCCUCUGCUCCAAGUCUCCCUCUGCUCCAAGUCUCCCUCUGCUCCAUGUCUCCCUCUGCUCCAUGCCUCCCUCUGCUCCAUGCCUCCCUCUGCUCCAUGCCUCCCUCUGCUCCAUGUCUCCCUCUGCUCCAUGCCUCCCUCUGCUCCAUGCCUCCCUCUGCUCCAUGCCUCCCACUGCUCCAUGUCUCCCUCUGCCCCAUGCCUCCCUCUGCUCCAUUCCUCCCUCUGCUCCAUGCCUCCCUCUGCUCCAUGCCUCCCUCUGCUCCUUUCCUCCCUCUGCUCCAUGCCUCCCUCUGCUCCAUGCCUCCCUCUGCUCCAAGUCUCCCUCUGCUCCAUGUCUCCCUCUGCUCCAUGCCUCCCUCUGCUCCAUGCCUCCCUCUGCUCCAUGCCUCCCUCUGCUCCAUGCCUCCCUCUGCUCCAUGCAUCCCUCUGCUCCAUGUCUCCCUCUGCUCCAUGUCUCCCUCUGCUCCAUGUCUCCCUCUGCUCCAUGCCUCCCUCUGCUCCAUGCCUCCCUCUGCUCCAUGUCUCCCUCUGCUCCAUGUCUCCCUCUGCCCACUACUCCGCCAAUCACUCAGGCCGAACAUGUUUGUUGGACCAAAAACAGCAACAACCCCCCCGGCUCUUUCCCAUCAACAGGCACUGCCUCCAGGCACCACCACGCAUGCAGCAACCAGCAGCAACACUGCUACCUCCGCCACCACCACCAUCACUCCCACAGCCAGCACCAGCCUCACUCCCUGCCACACUUUCCCCUGGCAGCACCUGUCGCUGGCGUCCUCCCCGGACCUCACCUCCCGCGGCCUGGCAGCGCUGCUGCCCCUGGCCCCUCGCCUUGUGUCCCUCUCCCUCGCCCACACCGCUGCUUCCAACGCCUGCCUGCCCCUCCUCGCCUCCCUGCCGCUCCUCUCCUCCCUCUGCCUCGACGGAUGUCCCAUCUCAGGUCGGCUCUGUGCUCCCAUUACUGCGCCACAUCGGAUGACGGCAUGGAGGAUGGCGACGAGGAGGAGGACGAGGAGGAGUACCUCUUGAGGCAGCACCUAGCAGGGUUGUACGCACCAACACCGGUACCAUCAGCAUCAGCAUCAGCGGUGGCCGAGGGUGGUUUGGCGCUGCUCGCCUCCCUACCGCUCCUCACCGCUCUCAGCCUGCUGGCGACGCCCCUCUCAACACACGGCAUGCUGCGCCUGCGCCACCUCACCCACCUGCACUCUCUCUCCCUCUCCUCCACUGCCCUCAGCCCCCGCCGCUUCGUCUCCCUCCUUGCCUUCUGUCCAUGCCGCCACCUGCUGCUCUCCUCGCCGCACAUCACCGCCCACCACCUCCCCUCCCUCCGCCUGCACCCCUCAGUGCGCCUCCUCGACGCCUCCCUCCUCCCCGCCUUUUCCCCCCCCCACGCCACCACCCUGGCCAAUCAGCUGGCGCCACGCAUCACUGUGGUGCACGCCUUUGACAGGGGGAGCAGCGCUGGGCUGUGGGUGCUGCAGCAGCGAGCGGGAGAGGGGAAGGGGCCGCGCAGGGGAAGAGGGCAGGAGAGUAGAGGACGAGAAGGGAUGGUAGAACGAGGGCAGGGGGGAGGAGCAGAGGGAGGGGAGUGGAAGGAGGGGCCGCGGGGGCAAGGAGGGCAGAGGGAGGAGGGUGCUGGUAGCAGCGAUGGGAAGGGAGAGUCAUUUCACAGAGGUGGGGGGAAACGGUCAGCUCGCUCCAAUGGGGAUGAGAGGCGCAGGUUCUCCCGGGCUGAGCUUAAUUCUCUGCGCCGUGCUGCACAGGCGCUGCAGCUGCCUGUGCCAUUGCCACUGCCGUUAUCCCGCAACUAGCCAUGGAGGUUUAGUAUUCUGUAGCGUUGCAAGAGCUGCGGCGUUGUCUCAAUCUGGUGCUGUGUUUAUGGGAUGGGAGGCAUUGUCAUUUUCUCCCAUUCUUUCCUUGGAAGUGUUUCAGCGCCAUUGAAGUGCUACCAGCUUCUUGUGUGAUUCGAGUAGACUUUCAAAGCAACGACAGCACCACCCUCUGCACAACUUCUGUUGCCUGCAGUGUCUAUAGCGCACAUCACUUCUUGCAACAUUCACCACCCGACGCUUUUUUUUCAUGUGACGCGUUAUAAAUGGCUACAAGUAAC